CGGGACUUUCCAUGCGCAGUGCGCACCCGGGAACCAAGUAGGCUCGAAUUCAAAACAACGUGCACGGGCUGAAUUUUUCCUACACGAGGAUAGGCUGGGAAAUAGACCAGAAAUCAGGCAAUCCGGCAUGAGCGAAUAGUCACUGAACCGACACUUCGAGGUCGUGUUCUAUUCGCUUCUGCUCAGAGUCUUGGUCACCGACGUUUGGAAGGACAGGGUUGUUCGUGUCCGUGUUCUGUAGGACUUCCUGCACUGUACUUAUUCCAUCCACAUAUGACCAUGCAUCACGCUCUACUUAUUUCUGAAAUCCUUCUGGACAUAUUCGCUCAUGUCGAUACAAUCCUGGACCCAUUAUCGUAUGGCGAGAUAUCAUUGGCUCGGAAAUCCCUUGCAACGCUUGCAACGACAUGCAGGACCUUCCACGAGCCUGCAAUGGAUUUACUCUGGGCUGACAUGCAUGGGAUAGUACCACUGCUGGGCUGUGUAACGAGGCUACAUCCCAUGAUAUAUCAUCAUGUCGGAAGGGUCAGUGCAGACUAGUCACGCUCUGUUCAUACUAUUUCGUUCAUUAGCUCACUGAGUGUCUACACGCAGUACACCUGGUACUCUGAAGGCAUCAAUCCAUUAUGUGAGCACGAAGUCCUCCAAUUUUUGCGUCACGCCCACCGCGUGCGCUCAUUGCAAAUCCCAUUCGACAACCAUUUUCACCUUCUUUCAGUCCUUCCCAUCAAGACAUUCAUAUUCCCAAGAUUGCUGUCUUUAUCAAUGGCUGUACAUCCAACUGGAUACUUACAUCUCUUCCUACCCCCCACUCUGCGUCGUUGUUCGCUAUCGCUCAUUCAUCCCGAUUUGAAAUUAAUUGCGACCUGUUGUGCUGCUACCUUGGAGGAUCUAACCAU